GCCCUGUUUAACGCCUCAGGCAUAGAUGAUGAUGACUACAAAUUCGGUGUGUCAAAGGUAUUCUUCCGUGCCGGGAAGUUUGCCGAAUUUGACGAUCUGCUGCGAAUGGAUCCCGAACAUCUGACACAGUUGGUUCAGCGGGUGCGCGUCUGGAUCCAGCACUACAGAUGGCGAAAAGUGAUCUAUGGAGCCCUCUGUGUAAUAAAACGUAAGGUUUAG